AUGUCAUAUCCUUGUUGUUCUGCCAAGAUAGACGCCGCUGCCCAGGAACAGGAGCCCGACCUGUUCCCAGACCCUAUCCCAAUCCCUCCAGUAGUGUUCUUCACGGACGGGAGUGGGUAUGAAGGUAUGAUCGGGGCCUCCGCGGUAGCCCCACGAGAGGAAGCAUGGACGUUAGAGCGCCAGCACCUAGGCAGCUCUGACCAGUCAACAGUAUACAUUGCCGAACUAACAGGAAUUGAGAUGGCGAUCAGCCACUUUAGUAAGUCCAACCUAUCCCCACACGAACUGGUUAUCUUCGCAAAUUCGCAGGCUGCAAUCCAAGCUGUGCAAAACCCCAAACGUUCCUCCGGCCAACAUGUUCUCCACGCAAUUUAUGCCCACAUCCGUGCCCUCACGCCUAGCCACUCGGUAUCAAUCCGGUGGAUACCCGCACAUAUAGGCGUGUUCGGCAACGAGCUGGCGGAUUGUGCGGCGAAGGAGGCAGCGAAGGAAAGGGUUGCGGGGGAGGGGUCGGAGCCGGACCUAUGUUCUUCCGGGGCCGGGGCGAGCCCUAAGUUGAGACUAUCGACCAAUGCCAAACGGCAGGUACGAGCACGAAUUCGUGCAGAAUAG